AUGGAUUUGGGGUCAGUCCCUAUUUUGGGGCCAGACCCUAUUUUGGGGCCAGACCCUGUUUUGGGGUCAGUCCCUGUUUUUGGGGUCAGUCCCUGUUUUGGGGUGGCUUUGGGGUCAGUCCCUAUUUUGGGGUCAGUCCAUGUUUUGGGGUCAGUCCCUGUUUUUGGGGUCAGUCCCUGUUUUGGGGUCAGUCCAUGUUUUGGGGUCGGUCCCUGUUUUGGGGUCAGUCCCUGUUUUUGGGGUCAGUCCCAGUUUUGGGGUCAGCCCCUGUUUUGGGGUCAGUCCCUGUUUUUGGGGUCAGUCCCUGUUUUGGGGCCAGCCCCUGUUUUGGAGUCAGUCCCUUUUGGGGUCAGUCCCUGUUUUGGGGUCAGCCCCUGUUGUGGGGUCAGUCCCUGUUUUGGGGUCAGUCCCUGUUUUUGGGGUCAGUCCCAGUUUUGGGGUCAGUCCCUGUUUUUGGGGUCAUUUUGGGGUCAGCCCCUGUUUUGGGGUCAGUCCCUGUUUUGGGGUCAGUCCCUUUUGGGGUCAGUCCCUGUUUUGGGGUCAGUCCCUGUUUUGGGGUCAGUCCCUUUUGGGGUCAGUCCCAGUUUUGGGGUCAGCCCCUGUUUUGGGGGUCAGCCCUGUGUGUUUUGGGGUCAGCCCUGUGUGUUUUGGGGUCAGUCCCGUUUUAGGGUCAGCCCUGUGUGUUUUGGGGUCAGUCCCUGUUUUUGGGGUGUCUUUGGGGUCAGCCCUGUGUGUUUUGGGGUCAGUCCCUGUUUUGGGGUCAGUCCCGUUUUAGGGUUGGUCCCUGUGUGUUUUGGGGUCAGUCCCUGUUUUGGGGUCAGUCCCGUUUUAGGGUCGGUCCCUGUUUUUGGGGUGUCUUUGGGGUCAGCCCUGUGUGUUUUGGGGUCAGUCCCUGUUUUGGGGUCAGUCCCGUUUUAGGGUCGGUCCCUAUUUUGGGGUCAGUCCCUGUUUUUGGGGUGUCUUUGGGGUCAGCCCUGUGUGUUUUGGGGUCAGUCCCUGUUUUGGGGUCAGUCCCGUUUUAGGGUCGGUCCC